CGUAUGUAUAUGCAAGUAGUUUUACAGACACAUACAGAGAGCUGAAGUGAAGUCAAAGUCAAUGUCUUCAUCUUCCAUUGCCUCUCGCUCAGCUACUCGGCGCAACAUAUUCGAGUCUCCACCCGACCCGAAAUUACCUUCCAAUGCAUCCGACCCAGUUGCUGACCCGCCUCCGGCCCCACGACCCGUUUCUCAAUUGCUUGCAUUUGGUGUUAUUAUUGUCUUAGCUUUGCUGCAGUUCUUGCCGGCUACCCAUUUCAGAGAUGCAUCCGACCCGUUUAGAAAAUGGGUUGCUUUUGAUUCUUUUUCUGUUGUAAAGGAUAAUGAUCCCGAACUUGCCCCAGUACAUGUUGAAGAAAAUAAAAUGGUGCAUAUUGUCUCGUGGAUGGACUGUCUGGACCUACGUUCGCUUGCGAUUCUUGCAAAUUCUACUUUGUCCAGCUCACGAUAUCCAGAAUUAGUACAUUUUCAUUUUUUUGUACCAGAAGAGCUUGAUGAAAAAGUAUCAUACUAUAAGUUGAAAGUAUUAUUUCCGCACUCAAACCUAGAAGUCCUUGGGCAGAGAGAUGUAAAAGAGGCUAUUCUGGCAGCUUCUUCUGCUGGAGAACAUACUGACCCUUCUAUUGCUGAGAUUGCACCAUUUGCCAUACCUAUUAUUCACCCUUCAUUGAGCAAGUUUAUUUAUGUCUCGCAGAAUGUAAUUAUGAAGGGAAGAGUUGAAGAACUGCUUCACGUAAACUUGAGCAAUUAUGGUAUUGCUAUGGCUGAGGAUUGCUCUAAAAGGUUAUCUGACUAUGCCAAUUCCGAUGUCCUGGAUGUGAUUCAGAGAUCAGCAUCAAAACCUUGGGUGUCUAGUACCUCAUAUGCUACAAAUGCUUGUAUGCCAGAGUUGGGGCUGGUUCUAUUUGAUGCUGCUAAGCUGGAAAAGGAUCUUGUGGAAGCCAUCCUGUGGUGGAGUAGAGUUUUGAAUAAUAAGAAAAGCGGUCCGAAUCCUGCAAUUGCCUUGGCAGUAUGGACUAGACAUAUGAAGCUGUCAAGCUCUUGGAAGCUCGGCAUGUAUAAAGCAGCAGAAAUGAACACUGAUAACUCAGUUGUACGUUAUGGUCACGAAGGAAAUAUGUGCACAACAUUUAGUAGCGGAACAGUCUCACAAACAGACAUCGAAGAAAUAUCGAACACCUACCUUCCUCCAAAGUCUGAUCAGAUUCUGCACAACUAGAUAUAUAAUACAAGAUAAUGUUAAUUGACAGGUAAUUAACAGGUUUUUGUUUCUACAGUUUUUAUUCUUAAGGACCAAGUCAUCCAUGACUCAUUUGUAAAUCCAGAAUUUGAAUAUUUUUCAUCUCUUGUAUAAUUUUCUUGUCUCAGUAUAUUCUAUGUAGUUACUGACUGACUGACUGUAACAAUAUAUGCAACUGGUGUCUGGUCUUAAUAUAUGUUCCUGAACUGGUCCUUACAAUCGAUUUGUAGCAAUAAUUUUUCGCGUUU